AGUAAGUGUCCACAGACUAGAACAAAGAAAAACAAAAAAUGGAAUAAACAGCACUGUAAAACCAAUUGCGUCCUCGGGUGGAUAUGCGACCAAGGCUCCAUGACAACCGCGGAACAAACAAGUCGCCACCGCAUAAAUAUAUACUCCACACUUCAUGUUCAUUACACUAGAACGUUCGUCACUAUAAACAGUUAUAAUAAUAUAUUACUACGAUUUAAUAAUUUAUAUCUUAUAAAUAUUUUUAAACAAACCUAUACAAUUUGAAUAACGACUUUUCGAACUGUUCGGAUCGCAAUGUCAGAAAAGGAUAUUGCCAGGCAAAUUUUAUCCGGUUACAUAGAUAGAGAAAUCGAUUUGGAAAAUCAAUUGAAAGAGAUGUUAGUUGCGUUUUUAUUGUAAUAUCUGUGUUUGCACAUAAAUAUGGUCAUCAGUGGCACAGCCAAAAUUUAUUUGAGGGUAGGGAGCUCCAAAGACUUAUUUUUUCACAAAAUUGAUAAUUUUUUCCCCACAUCAAAUUCCAAAUUAAAUAAACAAUUUUCACAUACAGCUUUUUAUAUACAUGGCAGAAUACAAGGGAGAGGGGGUCUGAUCCGGGCACCCCCACCCACCACUCUAGUGACGUCACCUAUGCUCAUCAGUUAUCUUUAUUUUUUUUUUUUAAUCUGGUAUUGUCGUGCUCAGACUAAGUAGACGGAAGACGACAACGGCAGUGGAAAAAGAAGAUUUUUUUAAGAUUCGCCGAGAAAAGUUGGAAAAACAAAGGAAAAUCGCGAAAAAAAGAAACGAAACGUUUUUAAAAGUAGGUACUUAAUAAAUUUUAUGAUAUUAUACUUAUCUUUAUAUUUAGAUGCUGUGAUAUUAUUAUGAUGAUUUAUUUAUUUAUUAUUACAAUUUAAGUCAUCAAUAACGUCAAAUUUUAGUUUGGUUACUUUUCUUUAGUUUUAAAUAAUCGUCCUUUUAAAAAUAGUGCAACAUUUAAAAGGUAGUUAAAACGAUUGAGUUUAGUUCAAAUAUGAAAAUUUGAGAUAUCUAUGUACCUACAAAGUUUGAUUUAAUGUUACAACACAUUUUCUCUUCUUUUAAGUAAAUUAUUUUUUUAUUUUUUUAAUUCAUUCUAUGAUAUUUUUAUCAAAUUCAUUUUUUUUUUUCAUUUUUUGUAAAUUUUUAAUUUGAAAUGGUAAUGAACAUUAAAAAUAAACAAUUUAUAUUUAUUCAAUUAAGAUAGAUAUGGUAUAACAUUUACUAAUGAAAUUUCGGAAGUUUAAAUGUAUAUUGAGUUAUUUAAUGGGGGGGGGAGUGGUUUAAAUAUGUGUUAAUAAUAGUAGAUAUUUGAAAAUUAAGGAUUUAUAUUAAUGUAUUAUGUAUUACACUUGAUAAUCUUUUGGUUAUAAUAAUUUUUUUUAUUAUAAAUUGUAAUUGAUAUUUAUAGGAGCUUGAACACACUACUGCAAAACUAAGAGCAUCUCUGGCUUGCGACGACAUUACCGACGAAAAACUGGACAUUGAACGCAAAAGAUUUAUAGAUUACAUUCGGCAGAAACGAAGGCAGUCAUCUACAUAGAAAGCCUAGCUUAUAGCUAUGUUAGGAUACUAGACGGAGCAAUGUCGCAACUAAGUUUUUUCGGGCCUCUGAGCAGCAAAAGUUUUAGUGUACCAAUUGUCUGUACAUCAUAUAACCUCCCUCCUAUAAUAAAUCACUUUCAACCCUACCACAAGUAUAGUAAAACAGUAAUGUUUCGUAGGACUAUUUCUCAAAUUUGUUUACAUCAUUGUUCAGUAAACAAAAUCAAAAACAUUAAGAUCACAACUUAGAAUUAUAUUUAAAUACCACUUACUCAUCUAAUUUGAUAAUAAAAUCAAAAUAAAGAAAUAUCUACAUGUAAAAUAAAACGUAACUAUUACCAGUAUUAUUUUAAAUAAUCAAAGUAUAAAUCUUUAUUUUAAUACUUCAUCCUCCUUGCCUUUAAAUUUGAAAAAUCUAUUAUAAUUUGAUCUAAAGGUAACUUUAGAACGAUAUUGUUCAAUAUUUGAUAAUCAGUUCUGUCCCAUUGCGUUCAUAAUUUUUAAUUAUUUUCAAUUUAGAAAAUGAUUUCUUGGCACUAGCAACUGUGACUGGCAAAUUCAUAAAAAUAAUACAAGCUCCUAAAACUUCUGAAUAGCUACAAGAUAAAUUAUUUUCUAAAAUAAAUAGUGCUAAAUCACGAAUAAACCACAUUUUUUAAUUUUUAUUGUUUCUUUAAGAGACAGAAUUUGACAUGUUAACUCGGAACUAACGUCCGACUUGUAAUUUUGAAUAAAAUCAAAACAAAACAAAACCGCUUUUGAUUGUUUCAGUUUAUUCAGAUUUAAUAAUUGAUUCCGGCU